CACGUAUUAGAUACGACGCAGUAGAAAGUUGUAGAUCGUGAAAUUUUUCUCUUGCCAACAAAAAAAAACUAUUAAUUAACUUUCCAUUCAAAAGACGUAGAUUUUUUUCGCGAAUCGUAUAAAAGUGUUACAAUUUAGUAAGUAACCAUCAAAAGGUUGAAAUUUUAACAAGUUUAAUUAGCACUCUUUCUUGUUUUUCACUUCCUGAAAAAAAAUCGACACACACACACACAUUUUUAAUUCGCGCUUUGUGCCCCGAACGAGAAUAAAAGUUUCCAUACCAACCAAGAGGUAUAUCAAAUCGUAAGCAAACAAAAUGGAUGCCAAAAUGUUGAAAAUUGAAAAUACGGCUGGUUUUUCACCGAUGUACGAGAACGAUGACGAUUUUUCCGACGAUGACGAAAUAAUUUAUUCGGAUGAGACGCAAUCGGACAAUGACUAUGAUGAAUCAUGCACAGGUAAUGAGUCGAAACGUUUAAAAUCGUUGUAUCACAAUACAGCUGGCAAUCUAUUUCGCAAUUGUACGAAAAUGGCAACGAACUCAAAAAAAGCGGCCAACGACAAAAAAUUAUCCAUUAAACGAAUGCCAACACGUAAACCAGAUCCAAAAGUGUCCAAUCGAAAUGCGAUUAUGGCACGUGAGAAUCGUCGUAAAAAGAAAGAGCAUAUGGAAGUUUUGCAAAAAACCGUUGAAGACACCCAAAAUGAGAAUAAAAAAUUGAAGAAAAUGUUGUGCAUUCGAAACAAUACAAUCACAAAACUAACACAAGAGAGUUUAUAUUUGAGAAGCAUUUUGGCAAAUAAAACCGAAAUCAUGUCAUUGUUGCGAAGCAUUCAGGGCAAUCGUACACCAAUCACAUCGUCUGUAUUGAGUUUUGUGGCCGAUAAUGAGUAUCAAGAGGAAAAUAAAAUGCAUCAUUCAUCGAUAAUGCGUAGUCGUUUAUGUAAAAAUAGCAGCAGCAGCAGUGGAUGUUCGCCAGCAUCAGCAUCAUCAAUGUCACCGGCAUCGUAUGAAGAUGAUAAAGAAAAUGAUCUAGAGAAUGGCAGUCAUACGGAUUUCACGGCAACCGAAUCAACCUCAUCAUAUGAACAAAAUAUCGACGAUUUCCAUUGGGAAAAUCUAUUGAAUGAACCAGUAACAUCAACAGCAUUCAAAACCGAUUUAAACCCGAUGAAUAUUGCCGAUUUACGUGAAAUUGACGACAGUGAAAUCCUAAGUACGAACAGUAGUAAUACCGUUAAAAUUGAACACAAUUAUUUUAAUAAUCCAAUCACACAAAAGGUGGCUGAAAAUACCGAUAAUUCACCGGGCAUUUGUCUACACGUGUCGAGUGGACGUGUUUCGCUCGAAUUUUGUGCAAGCUGUCACAUGAAUUCGCAGAAUGCUUGGUGCGAGGAGAUGUAAUGUGACACCGUUCACCAUUCGACAAACACAAAUAAAAAAAACACACACACACACAACGAUUACUCGGUCAUUAUGAAAUCGAUCCACCAAAACAACGGGCUCGGUUGCAACGCCGACCCACCACACAAUCAACACAUUCACAUGAGUAUAAUUGAAAAAACUCAAUGAAAACAAUGUCGGUACUUUUUAUUUUCUACUGAUUGUUACUCCUUACUCUAUUUUUUUGUAUCAAAAUUUAUCAAACAUUAUUAUUAUUUGUAAGCAUUUUAUUUCUAGGUUUAUAUUCUUAUUUGCUAGGGAUAAUAAUAAGCUAAUUUUUCUUAGGUUCUUUUAUUAUCUUUCUCUCUCCUUUCUUUUACACAACUAACCAUUUAGCAUUUAAGUAACAAAGAAAAUAUAAAU